AUGGUGCACUAUAUUUUGCAUUAUUUCGAUUGUUAUGGACGAGCUGAACCGGUUAGGAUGAUGUUUAUGUUGAGUGAUGUCGAAUACACUGAUCAAAGAUUCGCUUUUAAAGACUGGCCGUUGAUAAAAAACGCUCACCCCUUUAUUUUUGGACAAUCUCCGGUACUCGAAGUGGACGGGAAACUCUUAGCACAAUCAAAUGCAAUCAAUCGCUAUGUGGCAAAUAAAUACGGUUUUGCCGGGAAAGAUGACUGGGAAAAGGCGAUUGUUGACUCGCUUGCUGAUCUCCAUCAUGAUUACUUCACUAAAGUGCGUCCCUUCUACGGUGUUGCUUGCAAAUAUUGGGAUGGGAAUUUUGAUGAGUUGUUAAAAACAAACUUUUUGCCCGAAAGAGACAUUUUCAUGGGUAUUAUGAGUCGAUUCAUAGAAGAGAAUGAAACGAAAUCUGGCUGGCUUGUAGGAGACUCUUUGACAUUCGCCGAUCUUCUCCUCUUCAACCAUGUAUUGAUCUUCAAAAAUUGGGUACCCGAUCUUGUUGAUCAAUUUCCAAAGAUCCGUCAACACCGAGACAAAUUGAAGAAUCAUCCGAAAAUGGCCGAUUAUCUCUCAAAGAGGCCACAUUCUAUUCAA